AUGAAGCUCAUCACCGUGGCCCUGGUGUGCCUGCUGCUGGCUGGGAUGUGGCUGCACGAGGCGGACAGCAGGAGCAUGCACGUAUCGUCCUCCAACUGUUGCUUCACGUUUGUGGAGAAGAAGAUUUCCUCGCAGAGAAUCCAGUGUUACAAAAACACCAGCUCCGCGUGCUCCCGCAGUAGUCUAAUGUGA